AUGACGGUGCAUCCACCGUUGAAACAUGCAAUGGAAGUGACCAAACUAAACCCCAGGACCCUAGCAAGUAGCAACCGUGUGAAACCAUGGCACAGUUCCCUUCGUAGCAAAUGCACAAUCUCAUACUCAGGAAUCAGCUUGUUCUUGAUUCCUCAAGCCAAAGCCCAUUCAAAAUCUUAUCAAUCCAUUACAGCAUCAGGUUAUCUUCAAACAAGAGGAUUUUGUGGGUUUAAAACUGAGGCUGCUAAUGGGGUGGGGUUACAGAUGAACCUCCUAUUAUUCAAUACCCGUCAUUCAAGGGUUCGAGCCUCCACGAUGUCUGCCGUUGCUCGUUUUGACGGACGGUAUCGUCCCUUUGGAACCAAAGAGGCAAUACAUAGAUGUAGCCCCGAGUUGUGGUUUGUUAAAGUUGUGUGUACGCUAUUAGUUCGUUCUCAUUUUUGUUUGGAUAGUUGUUUGGGCUAUUUGAGUCAGAACUUGACUCCUUUGACAUCGUUUGAGGUAAUUACACGGUUAGAUAACCCGAGAUUGGCCGUCAGAUUUUUGGAGUUUAGUAGAGUGAACUUGAGUCUUAUUCAUUCUUUCAAGACUUACCAUUUACUUCUAAGAUCUUUAUGUGAAUCGGGUCUGCAUGAUGUGGCCAAAGUGGUGUUUGAUUAUAUGAGGAGUGAUGGGCAUUUGCCCAAUAGUUCAAUGAUAGAAUUUUUGGUUUUGUCAUUUACAAAAGUAGGAAAAUUUGAUUUUGUCAAGGAAUUGCUUUCUCAGCUGCCGUCUGAAAAAAUUGCUAUGGAUACUUUCACGUCUAAUAGUUUGUUGAAUUGGCUGGUUAAACAGAAUAAGGUUAAUGAGGCCAUUUUCCUGUUUAAAGAGCAUUUUAGAUUGUACUCUCGACCAGACACUUGGACUUUUAAUAUUAUGAUCCGUGGUUUGUGCAGAAUAGGAAAAGUUAAUAAGGCUUUUGAGAUUUUCUGCAAUAUGGAGAGUUUUGGCUGUUCUCCUGAUGUUGUUACAUAUAACACACUUAUAAACGGAUUUUGUAGGGUUAAUGAGGUAGAUAGAGGGCACUGGUUGUUGAAAGAAGUCAAGUUAAGAGAUGAAAUUUCACCGAACGCUGUGACUUACACGUCAGUCAUCUUAGGUUAUUGCAAGCUAGGUAAGAUGGAGGAGGCUUCUUGUAUACGUGAUGAGAUGAUUAAUUCUGGUAUUCAACCUACAGCAGUAACUUUUAAUAUUCUUAUCGAUGGCUUUGGUAAGGUGAAGAUGGGUUUAAAGCUGUGGGAUGAAAUGAAUGCAAAAAACAUAUCCCCAAAUGUGUAUACUUUUGCCAUUCUUAUUAAUGCUUUGUGCAAGGACAAUAGACUAGAUGAGGCUCGCAGGUUUUUGAGUCAAUUGAAGUGCAGAGAUAUAGUUCCCAAACCCUUCAUGUACAACCCUGUGAUUGAUGGACUUUGCAAGGCCGGUAAUAUAGAUGAGGCAAAUGCAGUUGUGGCAGAAAUGGAGGAAAAGAGAUGCAAGCCUGAUAAAGUAACAUUUACUAUUCUAAUUAUUGGGCAUUGUAUGAAGGGAAGAAUGUUGGAGGCUAUUAGCAUUUUCAAUAAGAAGGUGACAAUUGGUUGUGGCCCAGAU